AUGAAGGCUUCAGUUAUCCUCCUGUGUGUCUUCGCCGCUUUCGUGGCUGCCACUGAGGCUGAUCCCAAGGCGGCUGACAGCACCACUACCGCAGCUCCACCUCUGCGCACCGUCGCUCCCAAGCAACCUAUAACGUUUAGCGACCUCACACCCCAGGAGCUGAGCUUUUACUUGCAGUACUGGCGGGAGAACACGGUUCCGCCGGGCCCAGGUACAGUAAUGCCCGGAGGUUGGAAGUGGCCAGACUGGCCAGACAAGCGUGACGAAGCCCCUCAGGCUGAGAGCAAAUUCGACCCUGAGCUGGCGAAACUCAUUCAAACCACCAACGCUUUGCCCAAGCCACAAGGAAAGAUCAACCAUUACGUCGGAGAACAGGCGGAAGACAAGGGCGACUCGAACGAGGGCGAGGACGAUGAGGACAACGAGGAUGAGGACGACGGUGGUGAUAACGAGGACACCUCUCCUGCCACCCCCCUCGAGAAGAGGAAGCAGAAGAACCCUUGCAAGCGUGGCUGCAGAGCUGAUAUUCAUUGCUGCCCUGGCGACAGGUGCUUCUAUGGAGUUUGUCUGGGGCCUCAGAAGCCACCUCGUGAUGUCAAGCGUGAGAUCUACGAAUUCUAUGCCUCUGCAGAUACCGAAUCAGAGCGGGACGAAUGA